AUGUUUCGCUUCCGACCGCUGGGCUCGACCCUGCGACGGCGCCACUUGCGCGCGUGCUUGGCGUCCACUCGUCCGCUCUCUGCCGCACCGGCGGCCACAGACGGUGACGCAGCCUUCGCCCUCGGCGUUCAGUACCUGCAGCGCAGCGCCAAACGCCAGAAUGACUCGGCGUCGGCCGUUCAAACGGCCGUACUCCACUGGACAACGGCGGCCGAGAUGGGGCACGUACGGGCACAGGGCGCAUUGGGCACACUGUACCGCACCGGGUACGCUACCGUCCCGCGUAACCUGUCCUUGGCUGUCCAGUUUUUGCAGCAAGCAGCAGACGCUGGACACGAGAAGAGCUGCUACGAAGUGGGUACACUUUUUCUGCCCGGCAGUAGUGUCAACAAUGACGACGAAGAUGAUGACGACAAUGAAGUGGUCGCUCGUGACGUGGACCGGACGCUGCACUACUGGACGACCGCAGCUGAGAAGGGCCAUGCAGCUGCCAAUUUGGCGCUGGGGCAGUUGUACGCCGAGGGACAGCACGUGGCUCAGGACAAUGAGAAGGCCGUGCACUUCUACCGUCGAGCAGCCGAACACGAGCUGCCCGAGGCCCAAUGGGCGCUGGGCACUGCGUAUCUGCUUGGACGCGGGGUAGAACACAGUGCCCGCCACGCUGCAAUGUCCUUUCGUCGCGCGGCUGAAGCUGGGCAUGCACGGGCGCAGUUUGAUCUGGGCGCGUGCUACAUGUUGGGACGCGGCGUCGAAGCAGAUCACGCCCAGGCCGCGCACUAUUUCUUCCUCGCUGCCGAAAGCGGCGUCGUUGAAGCGCAAUUGUGUCUUGCGCAGUUGUUUGAGACCGGUCGUGGGGUGCCAGUCAAUCGUGACAAGGCGGUCGAGUACUACCGGUCGGCAGCAAAUGGCGGACUGAAGGAAGCCACGCAGGCGCUUGAUCGACUUGGUGUACCACGUGAGCCGUAG